UUCGCACUUCUUAUCUCUUUGUUAUUGCUCUUUCGUUGCUUCCAAGCUCUGUGACGAUCCUUCCAUUGCAUUUCUUUUCUAUUUGUUUGAGGCUUCCGAGAGACUGAGAAAUCCCGAGAGUUUCUGUGUUUCUAGGUGUUUAGAUGGAGAAGGGAUAAGAGAUUGAGGCUUUUCUGAGAUGGAUAGCUCUUGGCAGAUCAAAUGCAGCUCCACUUGGCAGCCGUCCAUGACUCCAUCGCUUCCUUCGUCAUCACCGCUGCCAUCGCAGGGACCUCGGAACCAGACAGAGGCAAAUUUAAUUCAGUGCUUUCAUCCCUUUGGUGCACAUGAAUUUAGCUUUACAGACAGUGGAGUCAUACACGAACCCAUGGUGCUCAAUAAUCUGGACUUAAGCUCCAGCCAGUCAGGCAAGCCUGACAUGGCAAAUUCAUUUUUAGCCCUCCUCUCUGGGUCAUCACCACAGUUGCAAUGCGAGUUUCAGCAAUUAUCAAGUUCAAGAUCAGCCAUGGCUGCUAGUAAGCUUUCUGAGUAUGAUAGCAAUAUUGCGGCCAGUGGUGCCCGUCGUGGAGUUCCCAUUACACCUAUUAUGCAAUUUAAUCAGCGGCAAGACAAUGGAAACAUGGGAAAUGCAGCCGAGUUUGUCCCAUCACGGGUGGCCUCAACUACCAACUAUGGUUGUGCUUCAUAUUUGCGUGAUAACUUUCAACCGGCAAACUUGAAUCUUCAGAGUUCAGACUCUUCCAAGACAGGUUUUGAUCAUGCAGUUUGCAGUAAUGAGAGGGGAAUGAAUCUGAGACAAGGGUGUCCUAGUGCAAACCCUGGCAAUUCUUGUUUGUUUAAAAAAACAACCAUCGAGUCUUCACCAAAGUUUCCAUCAGAAUCGAAAGCUGUUAUGUUAGAUCCCUCGUCUGCUUUCACAAGAGGGCAUCCACUUGUAUUUUGCUUGGGUAAAACUGGGUAUCUACUGCUUAGCAACACAGGUCUUCUUGGUGUUAUCUGCUCAUGUCAUAACUUGCACAUGUCUAUCGCUAAGUUCUGUGGGCAUUCAGGAUUACGUCCUGUUAACCCUGGGGAUGCUGUCUGCUUAGAGAAUGGAGAAACUGUUGCUCAAUGGAGACGACUCUACUUCCAUAAGUUGGGGAUUAGAGUUCCAGACGAGCAUAGUGAAUGGGAUUGGCCUGAAGAGUUUUCAGCAACUGGUAGUUUGGUGAAAUGCAGGGCAACUGUGCCAAACAUGUCCAUUAAGUCUGAUAUGUUUCUGCCAGUUGAUUCAGUUGGAGGGAUAGCAAGGUGUGGUCAAACUAGGAACAGUUUUGUAUCUCCUAGGAAUCCUCGUACAGGACAGAGUGUCGUAGAAAAAUCAGCUAAUACUAUUCUGCAUAAUGCAUGGCAGAGGAAUGCUCAGGAGGGACAUGAUCUUGUUUUUAAUAGCUUGAUUGGCACCUCAAAUAGCAUCUUGCCUGCUUCGGCAGCAGAUGGCCAGAUAAUGAAGGAAAAUCAUUUGUCCAGGGGUUUGCCGCUGUCAAACACAGCUGUUAAUGUAGGCCGACAAGACAGUGGGUAUCGGUCGAUUUCUGACUACAUUGAUCUUUGUAAGGCUGGCAAUCUGUUGACUUCCGAUCCAAGUUUGGAGAGUACAAAAUCCCUUGGGAUUGUCUCUGAUGCCAGAAGAUGUAACAGUUCACUGGAGGGAUUUGUUGUGGGUAGAGAAGCCAUUUCCUCAAACAUUGAAUUAAGGCUUGGACAACCAUCUCAGCAUAGUCAUACAAUGGGGGGUUCAAUUUUGUCAACUGUGGGUCCUCAGCCAUUUAAUACUCUAGGCGAUUCCCAGAAGGCACCAUACCAAGGACAUGUAAUUAAUAACAUGGUUAAUCCUUGGGUAACUGAAGGAUCUAGGCCAAAUAUCCGCUGCAUGCCUUUGGACACUUCAAAUUUCAAUCAGAGGGAGGCAGAAAGCCAGUUGAACUUCAGAAACCAUGCUCUUGGAAGUGGCAAUGCUAUAGAUGCUGUUGAAUUAUCUAGUGGUGAUGCAGAUAAGAAUUCACUAAUUUCAGUGUUUCUUCAACACUUCAGACCCCCAUCUGAAGGGGCCAUCCAAUCUCAAACUGUUAAUAACAUGGUUAAUAGUGUUGAGCAUUUCUUGCCUAGGGUACCCGGUGGUGAAUCUCAUGUUGCCAAAAGUGACCCAGCCAAUUUAACAUGGACCAGAAGCAAUGGAACCCAAAAGCAAUUAAAUAGUCAUUGGUUGGGCCUCCAUAAUCAUACAGAUAAGGGUAAAGGGGUCAUACUUACUGAUAAUUGCCCUAAAUUCUCACUUGAAGGCAGCUCUACAAUUCAAGGUAAGCAUACAGCGGAUUCAAGUCUGUUUAAUGGAGUGAUCGGUGGAUAUUGUCUUCCAAGUAAUUCAGCAGUGUUGUCCUCUUCUUAUCUGGGUCAGUCACCUGGCAUGCUGCCUGAUGCUAACACUCCCUCCAAUCCGAAUGGUCAGGUUUCUUUCCCUCGAAGAGAUGGCCAACUUGAGAAUGCUUUCCUUAGACCCAUACAUUCUUUUCCUGUGAGUGCUGGACCAGGUAUCCCUUUGUCUACCACUUGUAUGGGCGUCUCUUCAGCUACUUCAAUCUCUAGACCUAGUCCAACAAUACCUUUGUCAAACAAGGAGGGCAUUGAUGUAAACCAACAAUCACUGGACGACAAUUUGAGAUUACUUCUUUUGAGGCACAUGGCUGAGUUGUCUAAGCAAGAGCAUGAGAUUGCUUUCCAAGAAAUGAAUCCAGAACAAGGAAGGAUUCAUAACCCUUCUGGCAUGGAAGUGCAGAGAAAGUGUUCUUUUCAAGAUCCAUUGACAUCUGAACAAAUAAGGGAAGGGAUUUAUCUUACCAUUAAACAGGACGCUUCUGAAGUUAAACCACUACAAUCUUGCUCUAACUGUGGCUUGCCUGGUGGUAUAGAAAAGCUGGCUGAUUUGACAGGUACAAACACCUGGUGCAAUUUCUCAACAGUAGCUACGCAAGGAAGUGCAUUAUGUUCUAAAGACCUGGGCAUUCAAUGUCCACCUUCUCAUGAUCCUGUUAUGCAUAAACACCCAUUGCUGAGACUUGGGAGACUUGAAAAUAACAACAUUGCUACAUCUGGAGACCAUGCAAAAUGCUUUCAUAAAGAACUACACACAUACUUCCCUGAAAAGUGCAGCUGUUGUGUUCACUCAAUGUGUUUAGCAGGAAGUGUCUCGAGGUGUGAAUCUUCUCUUGGUGCCUACAAGGAACAUAUUGGAAGUGUUGAUGGCAAAAACUCGCUCCUUGUUGCAUCAGUAUUUGAUAAAGCUAAUGUGAUCUCACAUGAAAAAGUGAUUGCUGUCGAUCAAUGCAAAACUGUAAAGAGACAAAUCUCUGUAAAUGAGGACUGUAAUGAUAGCCAAUGGAAUGAUGUCUCAUGCAGGGUGAUGGGGGUUCAUAAUGGAACUUGUAUCAGAAUGCCAGCUGAGGAACUGGAUGGUAGGGAAAAUGUAGAUCAAUGCGUAGAGACUGCUUCUAAAGGUUAUAUAGGUGCUUCUCACGAAGCUGAGCCCCUUAAAGAGCAACAAAUGUCAAAUAUUUGUUCUGGGUGUUCUGCCCCCGCAGUCACUGAGGUAUCAAUUGAAGUUAACAAUAUGGAUUCUUGUACUGUCGAUCCUGGAUAUGUGACUGAUCACAUUGUUGAUGAAGGAUCUGGCGUUGAAAAAUGCUGGUCAUCUGAUGAUGCACUAGACAGUGGAAGAAGUGCUCACACUCCUCUUGUUACUGCUAAAGUUGAUUCAACAAAGGGAGGAUCCUCAGUCUUACCAACUCAAUCAUCAAAUGUUGAUGAGAUUAAAAUGAGGAACCCUUUGAGAUUGAAGAAGGUUUCAAUUCAACACAUGUCUGGGUGUUCACUUCAUGACAACAUCAACCAUAUGAAAGAAUUUGAGAGGGAUGUGAAAACUGGAAAGAAAAAGAAGGUAAUGAAAUGGAGGAGUCUGGAUGCAUCCUUUCCUCCCUCUGGUCUUUCUUCGGUACAAUUUCAGUUACCCAAAUGUGCUGGGGGUACUGAGCUGCACUCAUGUUCAUCUAAAGAGAUACAGUUUUCUUCUCAACCUCCUACAUGUGGUACGCAUACUAGUAGAUCUUCUAGUCUCAAACGGAAACGCUCUUCAAUACCUUCUUCCAAGACUCUCACUCAGAAGAGAAGUCUGCAGGGACUUGAUGUCCAUCAUAGGGAGUCUGAAGAUGAUAACCAGAAACAGUUGAAGGAAAGCUCUAAUUUAAUUGAAGUACCUAAACUUUCAGGUAUAAAAAAGGCUAAAUGGGGGGGUUCUGAAAAUAUGAGUAGUCAGUUCCACGGGCAGGACACGAGUCACGUGGAAACUGAUAAAGCUGCAAAAUACUCUUCAGUGGGCUGUAUAAAAAGGUUCUCCAGUCCCCACAUGGAUACUUGUGUCAAAAAGGCAAAGCCCAUAAUAUGUGGAAAUUCUGGCAUUAUUUUUAAUGAAAAAUUGGCUGAAGGUCUAGCAAAGCCACCAAAAAUUGUUUCUCUUAGCAUGAUUCUUAAGAAGGCUGGGACAGGGAGAUGUACUAUCAAUGAAAAUGAAGAACUUGCUCUGAUUUCCAUGUUGGAGACAAAGAAAUCAAAAUUAAGAAGCAAGGGAUGCGACACUAAAGUAUCUGUUUUGAAGAAAGAAAGAGACAAUGAAAGUAAAAAAACUGUCAUAAAUGAUGAUUUGGAGCCUGGGAAUUCUAUGUUGGAAACAAAGAAAGCAUGCUUCAGUAGAAAUGAAGACUGUGUUGAGGAGCUAUCCAUGUGGCAAAAAGAAGAAGAUGACGAAGAUCACAUAGAACAUGGUGACCCACACAGAUUGUCUAGUGCUCUAGUGAAGCCAGGAUUUAAGGAAACUCGCAGGCGUAGCCUUCAUGAGUUAACAAGAAGAGGUAAGAAUCCUGGUUCUGCAAAGUUUUGUCGUACAAAGGUUUCAAAAUGUACAUUGCAAACCAAAUGUAGAUCUCAUGGGAAGUUGUAUUUAGAGGAUGCUGAAGAUAGUCAAGAAUGCACAGGUGAACUGUGUCAAGUAAAUGCCAAGAAAUCCAUUAAAGACCACAAGUACCUGGCCUCUGUUUUGGAGGUAAAUGCUUUCUGCUGUGUUUGUGGAAGCUCAAAUAAAGAUGAAAUGAAUGAUUUGCUAGAGUGUGGUCGCUGCUCCAUCAGAGUGCAUCAGGCUUGCUAUGGUGUCACAAAAGUACCCAAAGGUCAUUGGAGCUGCAGACCAUGCAGGACGAGUUCUGAGCGCAUUGUGUGUGUUCUCUGUGGUUAUGAAGGUGGGGCCAUGACGCGGGCAAUAAGAAGUAAGAGUGUAGUCAAAAGUCUUUUGAAGGCCUGGAAUACUAUAAAUAUAUCCGUGUCUGGGAACUCCAAUCUACUCUCCAAAGCUUUGCAGGAUGAGUCUAGGGCUCUGGAUGCUUUAAUUUCUGUGCAUGAAGCUGAUUUAGUUCCAACAGUGAGACCUAAAAAUUCCAAACCGUUUCCUAAAGCUGUGCUGAAAAUGGAUAUGAAACACCAAAUGGAUGAUGUAAACACUAAAGAUGGUUCCUCAAGUAAUCCACGAGUGCAUAACACUGUAACUGCAGGAGUAAUUGAUCCAACUAUCAUGCAAUGGGUGCACAUGGUUUGUGGACUCUGGACACCUGGGACAAGAUGCCCAAAUGUUGAUACUAUGAGUGCUUUUGAUGUAUCUGGUGCUCAAGGUUCUAGAAAAAAUGUCGUCUGCUCACUGUGUAACCGACCAGGAGGCUCAUGCAUACGGUGCAGGGUUGCAAAUUGUUCUGUUCAAUUUCAUCCUUGGUGUGCACACCAGAAGGGUUUAUUGCAAAGUGAGGUUGAAGGUGUUGAUAAUGAAAAGGUUGGCUUCUAUGGCAGAUGUGAGCUUCAUGCAACACAUCACAAAUGUGUUCAUGAAGAUCAUCAUGUUGGCACUAAAACGGAAAGCCCAGGGCAGAAGGAUACAACUUGUGCACGCACAGAGGGUUACAAGGGUCGCAGAAGGGAUGGUUUCACACAUAAUCAACAUGGGCAGUCUAGUGACAAUGGUGGAUGUCUUGUUCCCCAGGAACAAAUAAAUGCGUGGCUUCAUAUCAACGGGCAAAAAUCAUCCACAAGAGGGUUUCUAAAGCCACCAGCUUCAGAUGUUGAAUACGAUUGUCGGAAAGAAUAUGCCCGGUACAAACAAGCGAAGGGAUGGAAGCAUUUGGUUGUCUACAAAUCUGGUAUACAUGCUCUGGGUCUUUACACAUCUCGGUUCAUCUCUCGUGGUUCAAUGGUUGUCGAGUAUGUUGGUGAGAUUGUUGGGCUUCGGGUUGCUGACAAAAGAGAAAAUGAUUAUCAGUCUGGAAGGAAGCUUCAGUACAAGAGUGCUUGCUACUUCUUUAGGAUUGAUAAAGAGCAUAUUAUUGAUGCCACCCGCAAAGGAGGGAUUGCUCGAUUUGUUAACCAUUCCUGCCUUCCAAACUGCGUUGCCAAAGUAAUUUCAGUGAGGAAUGAAAAGAAGGUUGUUUUCUUUGCAGAGAGAGAUAUAAACCCCGGAGAAGAGAUAACAUAUGACUACCAUUUCAACCAUGAAGAUGAAGGGAAGAAAAUCCCAUGCUUUUGCAAUUCGAAAAAUUGUAGGCGUUAUUUGAACUAGUCAUUUGUUACAGUUACAGAUAGGAACAAAUCUUGAUCUCUCUCCGUGUAGCCAGUACAUUUUUUGUAAGCCCUGUGGCUGAAUAUGUCGAGGUAUUAUAAUGAAAUCUUUGGAUGUGUUC